AACAAGUUCUGUGCUGACAGAACGACGUCGCAUUGUGAAAGCGGUGUAUACGAAGCCAGAUCCCUCACCCAUCUUCAGAACGUUUCGGCACAUUGUGAAAGCGGAAUUUCUGUUGAGCAUCAAAUCUGCUUAUUUCUCUUUAGCAGAUCGAGCCAUUUGUACAUCAGAUCGGCUUCAACUUUUCUUCCUCAGGCAAUGGGGCCUAUGCAAUUUCAGUCGGUGGAAGGAAGUAACUAAACUAUUGGAUGAGAUGGUGGAUAGGAAAAUCAUGCCAGAUUUGCAUACAUUCAACAUAUUGGUGGACACGUUUGGUAAAGAGGGGAAGUUGAAAGAAGCAAAUGAAGUUUUUGAUGUGAUGAUUCAGAGAGGCAUAGAGCCUGAUGAAGUCACUUACUGUUCUUUGAUUGACGGUUACUGUUUGCAAAAUAGAAUGGAUGAAGCUGUCAAAGUAUUUAAUACGAUGGUUCGAAAGAGUUGUUCGCCUUCUAUUAUUAGCUAUAACAUAUUGAUCCAUGGAUAUUGUAAAAACAAAAGAAUUGAUGAGGCAAUGAGUCUUUUCCGUGAAGUGACUAUCAAUGGCAUGGUUCCCGAUGUUGUCACUUACACCACUCUUAUAGGCGGGUUUUGCCAAGUUGGGAGACCUAAGACUGCACUAGAGCUAUUCCAGGAGAUGCUAGGUUGUGGCGAACAUCCCGAUGUCCAAACUUAUGCUAUUUUGUUAGAUGGCCUGUGUAAGAAUCUACACUUUCCAGAGGCAAUGGCAUUGUUUCAAGCGAUGGAAGACAAAAAGUUAGACCUUGAUAUUGUGAUUUACAACAUCUUGAUUGAUGGUAUGUGUAAUUUUGGGAAACUUACAACUGCAAGAGAACUUUUUAAUACUCUUUCUACCGAAGGCUUUCAAGCUAAUGUUCGGACUUAUACAAUAAUGAUCAAAGGGCUUUGCAAGGAAGGACUAUUAACUGAAGCGAGGGAGCUAUUUGAGAAAAUGGAGGAAAAAGGUUGUCAACCUAACCAUAUCACAUAUAACACAAUCAUCCAAGGGUUCUUGCAUCAUAAUGAGACUUCAUGUGUAGUGAAAUAUAUCCAAAUGAUGGUUGACAAGGGUUUCCCUGUAGAUGCGACCACGGCAACCAUUUUGAUCGACUUGUUGACUACUAAUCUGGCAGAUAAAACAUUACAAGAUUUUUUUCUAAAAUAUGUAUGAAGCUUUAAUGACAAAAGUUCAUAUUCUAACUUUUAUAGAGUCAAUAUGUAAGGUACAAACAUAUAUGUUGUUAGUCAUUAAGGUAAUAUUUCUCUUCUUGUCUUUUCAACUAGUGUAAUGUACUGCUAGUCUUAUUCUGUUAUCUUAAACUUGUGUUGUAAUUAAAAAAAUUUUCUUAAAUAU